AUGGAGAGAAAGGGCAACAAGGUGACUUGCGCCAGAUGCCACACGAAAGCCAAAGUCACGGACGGCGUGGUCGAGCUGAACACAAGCUUAGAGCCAGGCAUCCGGCAGCUAAGCAAAGAGGAGCUGGAGACCUUGCUACAGGAGCGUGCUGUAGAUGUUUUGGCUUUCUCGCCCAGCGCAGGCAACUGUGCCGAGUUGAGGCGGUUGCUGGACACCACACUGGCCACUGCUAAACCUCGCGUUGUGGUGUUGACCAUCAAUGCGCUGCUAGCUCCCCCGCGCCGUGCAGCGCCGGACUUUGUGCGUGCGAGGAAAACGGGUGAGAGGUUCGGGGUGCCCUACACCAGCUGCUCCUUGCAGUCGGCCAUUGACUUCCUGGCUCCAAGGUUUCGUCCGCUCUUCCUGGACACCCUCCGGGCCGUCUUCUUGCGCGAGGACCAACGAGGACCAGCCUUCGGCGAGGCGCCAAGCGUUGACGUGCUUUGGCGCAGAGGUGCCGGUUGCACGCUGCCACUGAUUGACCUGCUCCCGGACGGAGGUGAGCGCAAUGUGUUGCAAGAGAUGUCCAGUCUGGGGAGCGCUGCUUGGCCCUGUGAGCGCGCGAUGAAGGUCCCCCAGCUUUCCCGCUCAGCGCUGCCCCGGCGAUGUGCGCAGAAGGAGCUGUACCCAGAGACCGAGGCGCGCUGCCUGAAAGCGGGACAUCCCAAGCGCGGCAAGCUGUUCGCCGGAGCGGUGUCGCCCAUGACGCCCGGCCGGGGGCAGCUGAUCAACGGGCGCGGGCGGUGCUUUCUAGAGGCGGGCUUCUGCGAAUGCUUCCCACCGUGGCGGGAUGCCUUGUGCGAUCGGCAAGAGAUGGGUGAUUCUGGACAAGGUGGCGCCAUCAUCGCGACAGGCGUUCGACCUGGUGAAGAGGAGGACUUGGUUGGAAGCCUUUGGAACUGGUGGGAGAGCUUCAACAAUCAGCUGGAUCACCCCAUCCUUGUCUUUCACGAAGGUCUCAGCCCAGAGGAUGCCUUGCGCAUUAAGGAGGCCUCCCCCUCACGCGUGUGGUUCGCCCACCUGGGGCCUUUGAUGUCAAAGCCGCGACAGUUCCAUGCCCAAGAGAUCAGGGAGGAGGCCCUGGCAUGCAGAUUCAAGUUCGCUUGGCUCUUAGAGGAGCCGGCCAUCCAAGACUUUGAAUGGCUCAUGUGGAUCGACACAGAUGUCAACUUCCCGAUCCCCUUCGACCGGGAUUUGGUACGCGAGACCUCUACAGCAGGCGCACAUCUGGGCUACUUGCCGAACAACGCCCCGCGACCGGCGCCUCGGGCGCUGAGGGCUUUGGCCUUGCUCUUCGGCUCUGGCGAGAGGGCCGCCGCGCCUGACGAGAAUUUCCAAGACAGCACGAUCGACCUGAGUUCGCGCGUGCUGGUGCUGGAGAUCGCCCCUUUUAGGGACGGAGCCGUGCAGCGCUUCGCCCAGUGGGCCUUGGACUUCGGACGCGAGGCGCCCAUCUGCCGCUGGGGCGAUGCGGCGCUGCGCGGGGUUCAGGCUUGGCUGCUCCCGCCGGAGAAGCGCCACGCGUGGCCGAAGCUCGCAGCCCUCAGGCAAGACACCUCCAUCGACUGA